AUGAUGAAGCAGUCGUUCGGCAGAAACCAGAGAAACGGAGGCUGGAGGGUGAAGCACGGGGUUCAGAUACUCAUCUUGAUAUCCGUCUGCGUCUGGUUGAUGUACGAGGUGAAGCACACGCACGACAAGAGGAAGGCCCUGGAAGAGCGGAGCCUGGGGAUACCAGACAGAUUGGAGACCAGACUAGAUUUCCUGAAGCUGGGGAGGAAAGAUCUGGACCAGGGCAGCCUGGAGAUAGACAAGGACUUGAAGGACGAAGGGGAGGAAGAAGCCGAAGAGGAGGAGCACGCGCAGGAAGAAAGGAAAGGGCUGGUGGGAGACGAUGAUGUAGAUGAGAGCGAUCGAGAGGGCUCCGACGAGGACGGCCAAGAUGAGAACGGAGAGUUGAAGAGUGGGGGGACAUCAGGUACCCAGGAGCAGGAGGAAGACGAGGAUUCUCAGGCAGCGCGAGAAAAAAAUUAUGAAGCAGAUGAUGCUGCCAGCGCUGUCCGUAAGGAUUCUCAGGAGAUGGAUGAGGGCAACGGAAAUCCCGGCGAGAAGAAUACGGAGGAGCAGGAGAGCGAAGAAAUUGAGGAAUCCGAGAAUAACGAGACAGAAGAUGCAUCUGGAGAUCCCUUAGAGGAAGAGCGGGAGAGCCUAGAAACUGAGGAAUCUGAGAACAAUGAGAGAGAAGAUGAAUCUGGGGAAGCCUCAGAGGAGGAGCGGGAGAGCCUAGAAACUGGGGAAUCUGAGAACGAUGAGAAAGAAGAUGAAUCUGGGGAAGCCUCAGAGGAGGAGCGGGAGAGCCUAGAAACUGGGGAAUCUGAGAACGAUGAGAAAGAAGAUGCAUCUAGCGAAGCCUCAGAGGAGGAGCGGGAGAGCGUAGAUACUGAGAAAUCCGAGGACAAUGAGGGAGAGGAUGCAUCUGGGGACGCCUCAGAGGAGAAGCGGGGGAGCAUAGAUACUGAGAAAUCCGAGGACAAUGAGGGAGAGGACGCAUCUGGGGACGCCUCAGAGGAAGAUAAACAGCGUGAUGCUUCUCCAGAUGGGGAGAUCCAGCAAGUUACCGAAGAAAGGGGAUCUGAUAAUGGAACUCUCCAUCUUUCGAAGACCUUGGUCGAGAAUGGCAACACAACGGCAUCUGAUCCAAUGGAUUCGGUAGAGGAAGAGAGGAAUUCCACUGUCACUGUCUCUGAUGGGGGAGACGAUGCUGAAGUCACCGGAGAAUCCCUUCCUGGCGAUUCGACAUCCAAUUCCACAAAUCUCACGGAACAGCAGAACAUCAACGCAAUCGCAUCCAGUCCCGGAGAUCAGAUCGACGUCGGGCAGAAGAGCCAGUCGAACUUAAUCCUCUCCGACGAGCAAAGAGAAGCGCAGAAUGCGACCUCGGCGGACGAUUCUUCCCCUGAGAGCGAAGUCAGCACCGAGAAUAUCACGAAGGAGACGGCGAACUCCACCGAAGGAGAUUCUGGAUCGGAGAUCGUUUCUACGUUGCAGGCAGGGAACUCGAGCGGCACCGGCGGCGGGGACGGAUUUUCGACCUCCUCCGAGGAAGGCGGCAAAGCUGACGACGACGACACCGGAGGAGAAUCCUCCGGUGACUCCUCCGGCGACUCCUCCGGCGACUCCUCCAGCGACGGCUCUUCCAUUGUUGACGUAGAACGAGAGACUCUGGCCGAGCUUACCGCUCUCCCCGAUCUCCAGGUGGAGGCGAAGAGCUUGGAAGAAAUAGCCGCCGAGUGA